AUUUUCAUCCGUUUGGGUAGGCUUCAGACGGGAAGGUUUGCAGAGAUUGGCGACCAUUGAUUCGCUCUCGAUGCAAAUGCGUCUUGAAGAAAGAUCACGAAUAGACAGCAGAACUAUUGUGUGCUACCUAGACGUAAUUUGGAGGCGAUUGGAGCCAUUGGAGCGAAUUUAGGGCCCUUUUCCUUCGGUGGAUCUGUCAGGCCGUUUCGCUGGAGUUCCCAACCUUAGUAAACCUUGUCUAGAUAGAGAAAACCGUUAACGGUACAACCCAUAAAACGGCCAUAAAUAUGCCCAUGGACCACACAGGAGAGAUAUAACACACAUUUUAUGUAAGGUAAGCUGUUUUUUAUUGAAAUACUUUCACUUUCGUAGGUUACAGAACAAUAGGGUUUUUUCCCCAAACAAAUCCGCCUUAUAUUUCGAAUGUCACGCAACAAUGCCGUGAGCAUUUCGAGCUUGAGCUACCUUACAUAUAGAGAGAAAACCGUUUACAGUACAACCCAUAAAACGGCCAUAAAUCGGCCCAUGGACCACACAGGAGAGAUGUAACACACGUUUUAAGCAAGGUAACCUGUUUUUUAUUGAAAUUUUUUCAUUUUCGUACGUAGGUUACAGAAACAACAGGGUUUUUUCCCCAAACAAAUCCCUAUUUUUUGAAAGUUACGCAACAAAUGCCGAUUGGUCGCCGAUGCUCAUAUUUCGAGUGGUUACAGGAACAGCUCUUCAACAGGGAAUGAAAGCAAUAUGCGAUAAACAAUUGAGAGAUACGGAUCAGUUAAGGUUUCUGAGAAACUGCCCACCUACUCCUCCGCUAACCCAACAUUUUGCAAAAAGUGAGAAGUUAUUGUUAACGUUGGGUUUGGGGAGGAGUAGGUGGACAGUUUAGCCUGCGAUCAGGGAGAGAAGCGACGACCGGAAAUGCGUCUGCUGUUCGCAGGCUAAUUAGGGGCUGAUAACUGAUCCAAAGGUAUUUUAUCAAACCGCCUCUUCAAUGACAAAGUGACGGUAAAUUCCCCUUUUAAGAUUUACUUAACACUUGUGCAGGCCUCCAGUUUCAGUCGCCGAGUCGUCACACACCAAGAAGACGUAAGGUAGGAUUAGAUGUUUUAUCAAUCUUUUUUUUUCGAUUUGUUGCAUUGUCCUUGUCUUAAGUACUCCAUAAAAUGAGCGCAACGCAUUUUUUUAUCCUGUUUCUUUUGUUCGCAGUUCAUAUCUUUAAUUUUCUAUAUUUAUCUUCAUUUCGGAUUCUACCAAGACGGAAGUGUCUCGGGGGUACUCCCCUAUAAAAGUGACGGGGGUGCUCGUUGUACCUUUUAGGGGUUUAAAUUUGGUACCGCUUAGGGUGGUAAAACCUAAAAUGACUGCUGCCAGAGUUGUCUCGAUACCUUUUAGGGAAAUUCGUCUACACUUGCCAUUUUCAGCAAAUUGAAAUAAACGCGACAAAGAUUGAAAAAACGGGAAUUCAUUUUAAAACUGACGUUUUCGCUGCCGUUGCCGUCGUCGAUGCUUUCAUAUCCAACGCCCGCUCGUGGAUUAAUUGAAUUAUUAUAAACACUAACAGGUAGCACUAUGUACACUGUUACUUUGUUUUGUAAAGAGAAACAGGAAGAGACAGUGGCCUUCCGCUUUUCACAUCACAGCAAAGGAAUUUAUCAUGAUACUAAUGAGUUCAAACCAGCGGUGACGCCCAAAACUAUGCUUGACAAAACCUGAUUAAUGAACAGUUCAUUUAUUGAAGAUGAUACAUGUAUGUGUCUGUUCAGAUCAAAAAUAAAAAGUUUUGUAUCAAUAUUAAUAGCUUCACUGACGAAGACAAAGUGUGCGGCUUUAUUAUCAAUCAACUUAAAUAGAAAUAUAAAUCUUAUUGCCUUUGGAUCCUGUUAGAAAUUAUCAACUCGCAGCAACUGAUCGAACUGUUAAAAUGUUACUUGUCAGAAAAUCUUUUUGUUCAAAAUUCUUUCCGAGGGGAGAAGUUUAUUCCAAAGAGCAGUUUUAAAUUUUUUUUGCAACAAAAAGAUUAUACAAAGGUAGGUUACUCAACGAAAUUUCAGCUUCCAAAGAGCUUUCAAACCCUAUGAAAUCCUCAUCUAAAGUAGUCCGAAAUUCGAGAUCAUUGGACUGCCGCCAUCUUGGAGGACUCCCAGAAGCCUUGUGACUGCCUUUACUGUUUGUGUAAUAUAUUUGUUGGCAAAAAAGAAAAAAAAACUUGCCAUUGUGGAAUGAAAACGGAUUUCUAGUUCAGCAGAUAUUCUUCAAAUAGUAGUUGUCAUCCGUCGAGUGAUAUUUUUUCCGUACUUGCUAUGUUUUUAGGCCUUAGUUUGGCCAUUUCGCUUCAAAUAACAUGUGCAAUCUUCUGCCAUGAUCUCCAGCUCUGCCAAAAAUAGCUGAGCUACCGCGCCUUCACAGUUCUAUAACCUGUCGAGGUUAUUGAACCAUUUACGUAAAUCGUUCAAUAAUCUGCAAACAUCUUCCAAAUAUGGUCAACGUUCACGAAGAAUUAACCGAGGGAUUAUUCUAAUCAGAAAGAGAUAUUUUGAAUGAAUAUUAACCCACAUUAUAUCUAAGUCGAUGAUUUGUUGAGCCGUAUGGAAAUAGAGUAUAGCUUCAGUACAUGAUGUAGUGCAAUUUGCCCUAAGUUAAACUGGAACAGGAACUUUAACAGUCAGGUCACAAGAAUUAAAUAGGCUAGUAGUAACAUGUUUGCGUAAACAUCAAGCACGAAGGGCCACUGUAAUUUUUCAGUACAAAAAUAACAAAAUUAUUAAUACUGUCCAAUUCCACUAAUACUAUGUAUCUGAGUAACCCGCCCCCACACCUCUCCCCUGGGAUUGAACAACAAUGAAUCUACUUCUUUUUGAUUAUUGUGCUAGAUGCCUCUUUUACAGUUGGUCAGGUUUUUAUAUUGUUUCUUUGUUUUGUUUGGUCUUUAUGUUAACCUUUCAAAUAGGCGAUUUAAAAAGAAUUUAAAUAGCCUAUCUCAGAAUUCUUCGACACAAUUUUAAUAGUUUAGGGUUCUGUAUGUAUAGCUUUCCUAGAGAUUCCCAUCAGAAUAAGUACGUUGCUUGUCCACUAGUUUACAUCUGGUCUGUCAUUAUUAUUACAUUUCAUCAAAAGAUCAUUUGAAUGUGCAAAAAAAUAAGGGUAAUUUUUGGGGAGAUGAACAAUACGGUAACUUAUGUCCCUGAAUUUUAUGUUCUUGUUGAGAUUUUGGUUACAUGGUAGGAAAAUGGCCGUUGCGCUAUCAUAGGUUUGUCUUCUUAGAGAAGUAAGUCUUUUAUACGUUAAAUAGCAUUCGGUAAUUACCGGUAGUUGAAUAUUCUGUUUUCCUUCCAGUCUGUGGUGAUCUAAUAUGACUAGCACGACAAAAUAACGCAAAAUUUCCAGCAACUGUAGGGAAAAAUUGUCAGUGCUACCUAGAAGCAUACUCUAAUGACUAGAUAAAAUGUGGGCUAUUACUGUUGAAAUUUUUAAGAACAGAUUUUGAAACAAAACGAUAUUUUCACGUGCAACAUUUUAAUAGUUCUAGGUAAACGGAUCCCAAAAAAUGCUUUUCCAUUUGAUAUAAUUAUCUGACAUUCCUUGAUCUGAACAGAGGUAUCAUUUUGAAUAAAUUUACGUUCAUUUAUCAGGUUUUGUCAUUUUGUUUGUUUGUGUUCUCUUUUAAACUUUAAAUCCUUUGUAAAAGCAAUACUUGUAUGUAAGCAGGAUUUUAAAAAAAUAGUUUUGAGUGUCAAUGCUGGUUAGAGUUUGAUUUGUUUCGACACUGCCUCUGCUAGAAGGUACAAAGCACAAAUAAACACAGUGUUAUGAUUCCAAGUUCCUUUUUAAAAAAAAUGUUGUUUGGGGGAACUAGUAUGAACCAUAAACGAUACAAAACAAUGGAAUUUUAGGAACAAACCAAAUACUACCCGUAAACAUUUUCAUCAAUUGAUAUUUAUUAUCCUAAAAGGCGUAAAACAUAUAGUUUUUGAAGAACUCAGGUGUAAUAAUGAGCAAUUUAUCUGAGAAUACAAUUUAUCUGAUUUUAUUAUGUUUAUCUACACCUAUUUUAACGAGUUGUUUGAACCAGUUAAAAUAGGCUCCGUUCUUAGGCCGACUCUGGGACCUAAACUCGCCUUAACUCGCCUUAACUCGCCCUAACUCGAAUACCGGAAAUUUUGGUUGAAUGGAUCGUGCCCAAUAUGUCAUCCCACUCUCAGGAUAAUUUCACAAUUAAUCCACAAAGAGAAGACACCAAAAAAGAGGGAUUUCAAAAAUUAUAAGCAAUAGGGAUUUGUAAGUCCCAUCCUUCUGGAAUUUCAAUAGCCUCUGUGGUAAGGGUGUUUCACCACUAAGAUUUGAUGAGGGCUUGCUUAGUACUUAAUGGACAGCCAAUGGAACUACCAGGAAAACAACCUGAACAUGCACAAACUUGUUACCUAACAAAAGGCUACAAUGCAAAGCAUGGCACGCCACAAAUUGAGUGACAUUAAGUAAAAAAUGAAACAAUAAAUUUACUUAUACUUCUAAGCGAGACAAAACAAUACAAAACUGUAAUAACAGAAUAUAUAUAUAUAUAUAUUUUCUUUUAAGCUAGCUAGCUAAUGAUUUACAGUAAAGUUUGAUGUUGUGGAAAAUUUUAAAAUUAAGCUACAUUACUUUCCAAAUGUAUAAUGUAUGCAAGCUGUUUAUGAUAAUGAAAAGCAGCAGCAUAAUUAUCAUCUUAUAAUCUGAUGAAACUUAAUGAGAAUUCUAGCUGACAAUGAAAGUCUGGGAUGUAGCCAGAAUCCUUCAAAUACUCCACAUUCUGAUGGCAGUCCAUAUUUCUUGAUUAUAAAGUUACCUGGUACUAGAAGAUCUGUGUAUUGCUUUCACAUGACAUCCUGUUUGGCUUACAUUGUAGUCAAGCUGGCGACCAUAAGCCACCAACAUGACUUUAUUUUAUCUCAUCAAUCUCCAUUUGCAAGAGAUUAAAAUGGCAUGAAAAACCAAACAGUUUGGCUUUCAGAGCAGCUAAUUUCUUCUAGAAAAAUAGCAUUGUUAAAAAUUAUUAAAAAAAAUAGAACAAAAUGAACUGCUAACUACUGUUACUACUACUAUUUAAAAUAUUAUGUUUAUCUACACCUAUUUUAACGAGUUGUUUGAACCAGUUAAAAUAGGCUCCGUUCUUAUUUUCUAAGGUAGAGAGUUUCACAAUAAGAAGUGGUAGCAGGUUAACACAAUGAAAAUAUAUCAGUUCCUCAAGAGAGUAGACCGGUUCGACGCAAAGUUAAAAAAUCUUUAAGGUACCUGGGGUUGAAAUUGUUACGCAAACAUUUAUAAAAUGAUAAUUAACAUAUUUUGUACUCUUAAAUUGUAGAGUGAGGUAGUUGCUGCUCUGUCUAAUAACUGAUAGUAUGUUGAUUCCCUAUGUUGAUUCCCGCUUGUUUAAUGACUCAAAUUUGUCGUUAUUCAGGUCUAGAGCUACAAAAGUGCCAUACUGCAGAACAACAAAAAAAUGCGGCAUAAUAAAGGCCUUAAACAAAUUUGACAUGGUGCCGGGAGAUGUUGACAACCUUGAGGAAUCUUAUGAUGACAUUCAGAUGAUUGUUCACACAAUAAAUUUUUCCGCUAAAGAAAGAACACUUUUUUCCCCUUUUUCCAGAAAAUCAUUCAGUAUUGUCGAUCAUGGCUUAACUCCGACUGUUUACCUAAAAACGUAUCUUUCAGUUGGUGUAUAUGUUGUGGUUCAAUUUUAUCCUUGGUUUAAAUUAUUUUUUCUUUUGUUUUUGGGUAUGGCAAUAUAUGAUGAUGUGUUUGAAACAAUGGAAAAUAAAAGUUAAACCAAGGAUGAAAUUGAACCACAAUAUAUAUCAGAAAUGUGAUAGUUGCAGUCAAGAGAGGAUAAAGGGGACAGAGAAGGCAUCCCCCAUACACACCCUAUUCCAUUGGUAAUUCGUCUCGAGUUAUUUUUAGAAUCGGGAUACGGUUACCUUGCGCGCUGCGUGGAUGUUUCGUGGAGGUUUCGCGUGACUAAACGCCGUGCAAAACAUGUCGGACGAACGGCAAAGAAAGCGUAAAGAGAUCGAAUAAAUAUCAAACCAGAAAUUGCUCUCUUCAAACGGUAAAUUAUAAAUGAUCCUGAGAGAAUAUUCAAUGUGUUAAGGAUUUUCCUGCUGUACUGUUAACUCUGUACAAGAGAGGAAGGGCGAUUCUUUCUUAAUUUCCGUUUCGCUGACACAGCUUUGGCAGGAGUCUCUCUGUAGUCGUUUUCGUCGACGAAACGAAUAUAGAAAUAUCGCUCUUCGCGUCUUCCGCCAUUUUGUUCUGCGUCAAUUCGUGAAGAACCCUUGGCUCUGAGCGUGGGUAAUCUACGCUGAACACAUUCGCGUUACGUGAUUGGCUGUUGUCUAAUCCCCUUUGGGAUCUGUGGUCUUGAAAAUAACUCGAGACGAAUUACUUAUGGAAUAGGGUGUGUAUGGGGGAUGCCUUCUCUGUCCACUUUAUCUUCUCUUGUUGCAGUUCAUCAAUUUAGAACCUUAGAAGCAGGCCUAAGAAUCGAAUUUUUCCUCCUUUCUACUGUUGAAACCUGGUUGGCAACAAACAUCGAAGCUUCUCAAAAUUUGUACCAAUUUGUUGCUAUCUUGACUAGAACGUGUUAUGUAACUAACUGGGUAGAAAACUGUUCAUAAACAUGUACACAUGUGGUUUGGCAUUGGGCAAAUGCGGUUGACUGACUUAUCGUCGAAAAGUGGUUUCCCAUUUAAAAAAUCUUAAAUUGCAUUUGCUACUAGUUGCUUUUCUAUUACAUUUAUGGUUAAAAGUGUGACAUUUAUGGUGAGUCAGGUUAUUAUAUUUAAGAUUAGUCAUUCAUUACAUUUAUGUUUUUUUACAGUUGAAAACGUGCGAUUCUUUUUUCUUUUUUUUUUUUUAACUUGCUGCUGCCUCAAACUCUUUAUAUUUUUAGUAUGAAAAGCACUAGGGACAGAGCUAAGAAGGUGGUGAAAGACAAGGGAGCUGUUAUUGCAAGGGAAGUGGCCAAUAAAGGAAAUGAAUACGUGUGGAAAGAAGUUGGCGCCCACGCAUCUGCCGAUGCCGCAACAUUUUCGCAUCAUGCCCAUGAUUCUGCAACAGCGACUGAGUUUAUAGGGAUAAAAGUGGCUCAUGCUGAGGCUGGUGCUGGGGUAGCAAAGGCGGCAGCAAGUGCCUCUGCGAACCCUCUUCAAGCAAAAGCAGGGGCUGGUGCCUAUGGACCGAAUGCAGGUGCCAAAGCAGCUCUAGUUGAGGGGAUCGUCGAGGCUAAUGCAGAGGCUUACGUGGGAAAAGCAGCAGCCGAAGCUGGCGUUGGCAUCGAGCAUUUGGGAGCCUAUGCUGCAGCUGAAGCUGUGACUGCAAGGGCUGGUGCCGGAAUCGCCCACACUCCGCUUCAAGCUCAUGCCCAGGGACCCGCAGCAGGAGCAGAGACUGGAGUCUCCUGGGACUAUGCAGGGGGAAACGUGUCUGCCUCACUCGGGGAGGCCAGGGCCGGGCCUUUUGCUGUAAGAGCCGGUGUCAAAUUCGGUGCUGGGAUUAGAAACGGAGUUCCAGAGUUGGACGUUGGUCCAAUCUCUGUACCCUGCUCUGUAAUGUGAUCCCCCUCCUCCUUCAAUUAAUCCACCGGGGCAUUAUUAUACAAUGCAUCUACUUCUUUUCGAUUAUUGUACUAGAUGCCUCUUUAACGACUGGUCAGGCUUUUAUAUCGUUUUUUGUUUUGUUUGGUCUUUAUGUUAACCUUUUUAAUUCGGGACUUAAAAAGAAUUUAAAUAACAUAUCCCAGAAUAGCCACGUUCGAUAUAUUAAAAUUCUAACAUGACUCCGAGGCCUUAGGGACAAAAUGGCAAAUUUUUGUUGACUCCAUUGUGUCGGAAUUCCCAGAAGAGACUUGAGCACAAAGAAAACCAAACCAAAUAUAUAAAAAUGAUCAGAAAGCCUCGGAGUCAUGUUAGAAUUUUGAUGUAUCGAACGUGGGCUAUUCUCAGGCACAAUUAAUAGUCUACUACCUAGAAGGUAUACUCUACUUGCACACCGCUUAUUUUAAUGAAGUAUUGACUAGAUAAAAUGUGGGCUAUUACUUUUGAAAUUUUGCGGAACAAAUUUUGAAACAAAGAGAUAUUCUCACAUGCAACAUUUUAAUAGUUCCAUUUUGUUGCAAGUUGGUUUAAGCUAGAUAACUCGGUCCAAAAAAAGUGCUUUCUAUUUGAUAUAAUUAUCUGAUACAACAUCCAUACCUUGAACAGACAUACUCUUUUAUCAUCUUAGAUAAAUGUAUUGUUCAUUUAUCAGGCUUUGUCAUUGUUUUUUACUUUUUAAGAGCGCUCUCCGUAAGAACAGACCAGUGAUUGGCGGAUCAAGUAAUUAGUUUUCUAUAUAUUCUGGGAUAUUAAACUCUUAACCUAUCUAGUUACAAAAAUGUAUUUUGUUUGACCGAAAAUGCGGAAUAUUACUUUUUACGAAUUUUUGAAUUGUAGGCCGGUUGGACCGGCGCCAUAGCCUUUGAAACUGCAAAAAUCGCCUACAUUGCCGGCGCUACAAGAAAAAAAGCACACCUCGCUGAAGAAGCGCGACUUUCUUUUUAAUAUACGCAGACACCACUCUAGAUUUCCUAGCCAUAUCACAGUUCCCCUGCAUUUUAUUCAUUAGCGAUUUAUAAAUUUUUGCUGCCCUUUUGCUGCCCCCCAAAAAGGUAUGAUUCUCCUCAGACACCACUACUCAUCUUAAAACGGUAAUCAACGCACUUAUUUUACAUGUAGUUGGAAUUGACAGCCGCUCGUACUGAAGAUGAUUAAGUGAUCAGUGGUCGGUGAUCAAUGAGUGUAACAAAGCAGUUUUCAAUCAAAACGUUAUUUCAACGUUUUGGGUGGUUACAAUACUCAAAAUAUUCCAAAUCAUCACGACUAAUACUUGUGACGAAAUUAAACUAUUAGAUUUUUAAGUCUUAAGUUAUUCGGUGU